UUUUGCAAGCCAUCGCUUUCCAGAUCAUGUAUAUGCUAAUAACGAAACGUCUCCUUGCCAGUUCAACAACACAACGACUAGCCCGGGCAGUUAUCUCGAUAAUUCCAAAUAAAUAUUCUGCCGCCGCCGUGAUUCCCGUCUUAUCGAAGCUAGCUCGACCCGAUGCCUCCUUCAGAUGCCGUGGUCGGGUAGUUCGGGCCUUGACUAUGAUAGGGACGUGACUGAUGCGUACGUCGCCUACGGAGCGAGGAUUCUUCAUACCCGUGCAAUGGGCUAUGGGUUCUAUCGACGAAAUAUGUGCCUUGCCGCUGAAGAUGGGCGUCGUUAGGCUCUUCGAAAUGUGUGUCCA